CUGCCACGACCGCUCUCGUCGGAGAAAUGGUACACUGCCAUCCGUGAGGCUGGCGUCGACUAUGGUCCUCACUUCCAGGGGUUAGAGCAGAUCCGCACUUCGACGACAAAGCCAGGUCUCGCUUCUGCGCUGAUCCAGAACAACAAGCAAGUUGACGUGUCCAACUACCACCUGCACCCAACCAUUGUCGAUGCUUCCCUGCAGCUUCUGUCUUGCGGUGCCUCGCUUGGUCUCGUGCGCAAGUCAAAGCAGGUGCUUGCCACGAGCAUCGAGGAACUGAUCAUCCGCCGCACUUCUUCUAAUGUCAUUGUCAACGUCUCUGCCGCAUUUGUCGGCAAAGGCUCCGUGUUGGGGACCGCAGAAGCUGUCGCAGGCGGCCAGGUGGUCAUGCGCAUGUCUGGUGCAAAGCUGGCUCUUCUCAACGAGCCUGCACCAGCUGACACCCAUGCGGCGGCUCGGCAUGUCUGGAAGCCACAUGUAGAUUUCCUCCCUGCCAAGAAUGUUCUGAAGCCUUCAUUUGAUUACGGAGCGCACUCCAAGAUCCUGGAUGACAUAUACCAAGCCGCUUUGCUCUACGCACGCAGCCUGGUUGCGAGCAAGGAGACUAGUGUGCCGCAUCUGAAGCUGUAUCAAGCAUGGCUUCAGUCGCAGGCUGAACAACACCAAGGCUCUUCCACCGCCGGCGAGCAAGACCUUCGUGAGAAGAUCCAAGGUCUGGUGGAAAGCCUCCGAGACACCCCAGCCAUCUUUGCCGCUCAAGCUUUGGCGAAAAUCUCUACGGCUCUUGUGGACAUCUUCGAUGGACGACUUGAGGUCUCAGAUGUGCUGCAGGAAGAUGACAUCUUAACCCAGCUGCGGACCUACGUGGACCAGUACGACAUAUCAAACUUCCUGGGGCAUCUAGCACACACCAAACCUAACCUACGUGUUUUACAUCUCGGCGCCGGGACCGGCUCCAGCGCCCAGGACAUCCUCAAGCAUCUCGGCUCUCAAUACUCCAAAUACACCUUCUCUGACUCCUCGGCAAGCCUCUUCGAUUCGGCCAAAGAGAAGCUCGAGGCGUACUCGAAUGUCGAUUAUGCCACUCUCCACAUCGGAAAGGAUCUUGCGGAGCAGGGCUUCGAUAAGGAUGGCUAUGAUCUCAUCAUUGCUGUUAACGUGAUCCACGCAACAAAGAAUAUCCAGGAGAGCUUGACGAACGUGCGGAAACUGCUUCAUCCCGAUGGCCGCCUGCUCUUGCAAGAGCUCAACCCCAGCUCCGGUGGCAAGUGGAUCAACUUCGUACGUGGUUUGCAGCCUGAAUGGUGGCAGGGCGUGGAUGACAGUCGCGUGCAGGAGCCCUACGCGAGCACGGCGAGGUGGCAGAACGAGCUUCUAGCGGCCGGCUUCGACGUUCCAGAGCCGGUCGUAGAAGGUGGACAGCUGAACGCCUUGUUCAUUGCCAAGCCUGCCAAGAAGAGUCCUGUGCUCAAGAAAGUCACGCUUCUAGCCAGAGAUACCUCGUCCGACCUCGGUCCAGUGGUCCAGGGGCUGCAGGAGAGAGGAUAUAGCAUCACACGCUCCACGCUUAAGGACGUUCCUGAGCCGGGCAUUGAUGUCAUCUCACUGCUCGAUGCCGAGGGGCCCUUCCUCACGGAUAUCACGAAGGACGAUUUUGAUAAACUCAAGGCUUUCAUGGAACGAAUCGACGGGUCUGGCCUGCUCUGGGUUACUCCAGCCUCACCCAUCCAAGCCAAGGAUCCGCGGUAUGCUCAGAUCCUCGGACUGGCCCGCGUCGUCCGCAGCGAGACAGGUAUGCACUUUGGCGUAGUCUAUUCCGGAGAUGGCAAUGCAGACUCAACCAAGAAUACCUCCAAGCUGCUGGACAUCCUUGCGCAUUUUCAGAGCAGAGAUGCAGAGGACGAGGUCCUCAAUCCUGAGAUGGAGUAUGCUCUUCACGAAGGGGUUGUCAAGGUUGGACGACUCUUCCCCUUUGUUCUAACUGACCUGCUACUCACAUCGGAUGCGGACGAUGCUGUUGCCCUGUCUGCGAGCCGCUCUGGCCGCCAGGCAGAGCUGCAGUGGUCUCGCCGGGAGACAAAGAAGCCCUCGGGAGACGAGGUUCAGGUAGACGUGUACGCUUCUUCGCUAGACUCAAGAGAUGUGCGCAUUGCUACCGGUAGCAUCGACACAAACAGCCCGUUCCUCGGCCAGGAAGCUGCAGGAAUCGUUCGGCAAGUCGGGCCCCAAGUUCAGCAUCUGCAGGCCGGCGACAGGGUGAUUCUCCUGGGUCACGGGACUCUUGCAACAACGGUUACGGAAUCGGCUCAGCGAGUCAUCCGGAUUCCGAAUAACCUCAGCUUCAAUGAUGCUGCUACGCUCGCCUCGGCGUAUGGCCUUGCCAUCUACUCUCUAAGGCACGUCGGCCUGUUGGAGCGCGGCCAGUCUAUCCUGAUUCAUGACGCAGCCGGCGCAGUUGGACUUGCGGCCCUCCAGGUGGCACGGCACGCUGGUGCAGAGAUUUAUGCCACGGCCAGCUCCAAAGAAGAGAUCGAGCACCUACACAACUCCUGGAAUAUUCCGCAGAACAGGGUCUUCUCUUCUAAGGAUGUCUCCUUCCGAGCUGGCAUACUACGUGAGACGAGCGGAGAGGGAGUCGAUGUGGUGCUGAGCUCCCUCUCGGGUGAACUGGCCCAGGCGAGCUGGGAUACCGUUGCAGAAUUCGGCAGACAUAUUAGCAUUGGAAGCGACAUUGGUGAUGCUGCGAGGCAGAACCGGAGUUUCCACCACGUUGAUUGGAGUCGUCUGCAGUCUACGAAGCCUGCCAUCAUUCAAAGGCUUCUCCGCUCCGCCCUCGAAUUGUUUGAGGAACGGGCAAUCCUCCCGAUUCGGCCCGUUGCAGUCUAUCCCGCCACUCAGAUCCAAGACGCGUUCGAGCUCGUCCACAAGAGCGAGCAGCAGAUUGAAAAGGUUGCCAUCGAGCUACGGAAUGUUGACGGUACUAUCCACGAAGAUGCUGCUGUCUCAGACCGGAGGAGGACACCCGUCUUUGAACGUGCUGCGUCCUAUCUUCUCGUAGGGGGACUCGGUGGAAUUGGACGGGCGGUCGCCAUCUGGCUCGUGGAACACGGCGCACGCAACCUUGUGUUCCUCUCCCGCAGUGCUGGGAAGCCUGAGGACCUCGCCUUCGCCCGCGAGUUGGAGACCAUGGGAGCAUCCGUUAAGCUCGUUGCCGGGAGUGUGACGGAGGAAAGUGUCGUUGCGCAGGCCAUCAAGGUGACCGGUGACAACGCUCCUCUCAAGGGCAUCAUCAACAUGACAAUGCUCCUCCGUGACCAGGCCUGGGCCAACAUGACCUGGGACGACUGGCACACAGCUGUCGGUCCCAAGGUCCAGGGAACUUGGAACCUCCACAACCAGGCGAUCGAGGCCGGCGCGGAACUCGACGUCUUCGUCAUGUUCAGCUCCAUCUCGGGCAUCAUUGGCAACAUGGGCCAGGCCAAUUACGGCAGCGCCAACAGCUUCUUGGAUUCCUUCGUGCAGUACCGUGCGGGUCUCGGUCUCGCGGCGUCGACCAUAGAUCUGGGUGCCGUCUUCGGUGUUGGAUAUGUCUCUGAGAGUGCUGAGCUUAUUCACCAGAUGAAGGCGACGGGGUACCACGCGCUCCGGGAGACUGACAUCUUGGAUGCCCUGACCGCGGCCACUGCCCCUGCGUCCCCGCGUGCGCUGUCUUGGGCUGGCUCGACCGAUCCCCGUACCUUUGCCCUGGGUAUCAGGAGCCUAUUGCCCCUGACCAACCCCAACUGUCGCGUCCCUUGGCGUCGAGACCCGCGAUUCGCUGUGUAUCGUAACGAAUCGGAUGGUGGAUCAGGCGCCGGCGCCGGUGACGCGGGUGAUGGUAUUAAGGGGUUCCUUUCCCAAGCCCGUGAGAACCCAAAUGCUCUGAGCACCCCUGAAGCGGCCGACUUCCUCGCUCGUGCCAUAGGGCUGAAGGUGCUGAGUUUGCUAUUCAUUCCCGCUGACGAGCUGAACCUCGAGCUUGGCUUGGCGGAUAUUGGCAUGGACUCCCUUGUGGCUAUCGAGAUGAGGCUCUGGUGGAAGCAGACGCUGGGCUUGGAUAUCAGCGUGUUGGAGAUGCUGGGUAUGGGAACUAUACAGGUGCUUGGAAAGUAUGCUGCUGAGAAGCUGUCUCAGGUGCUACAUCCAUGA